GUUGCUAAGCUACCUGCUGACCAAACAAUAUGUGCCUCUGCGAAGAUGGCAAAAAAAGCUCUUGGCCCCGAUUCUCCACCACCACCACCGCAAAGGAGGGGUGAGAAAAAGAGUGGACAUGACUUGACCAUUCUCAAGACCGAACUGGAACACGAAAAAAGACUGAGGAGGACGAUUUUGUGGUCCAACUGCCAGCUGGACAGGAUCAUAUACGAGCUGGAGGAUGAAAUAAUAGCUUUUGACAAAGCAGACCCAGACCAGGCCGAGCCGGGAAACGAGUUGUGGGUUCGUUUGGAGACGCAGAAAGUGGUCAAUAGACAGCUGGAGCAACAGAGGAAGUGGCUGGAACUGGAAUUGGAGCAGACAAAACGCAAAAUCCUCGCGGCCUCAAAACCCGCAGUCAUGAAUUUCGAUUUAGAUUUGCUCACUGAGACUGAACUGAUCCGAUUGGUGAAGAGGCUGGAGAGGCAGCGCACCGAUCUGUACAGCAACUUGCGAAAUUUAGAAUUUAGGCUGGACAGAGAAGGACGGGAGCAACAACGUCUGGCCGAGAUAAAGACCAUGCAGCAGGCGGAGAUCUACCACUUUUCUCGUACCUUGGACCGUCUCAAGCAGACUCAUCGGGCGGCAAUGAUUGGCAAUAAUCAACAGCACAUCGUCGCAGCAUCGCAGCCGCCGCCUCAUAAAUUGCCUGCGGACCCGAAACUGCCUCCGUUAGAUGUAGUUCAACUUCCAACCGCAUCCACUUCGAGAUGGGGUCAAGCGUCUGAAACAAAAAGGACGUUCAACCCUAACAAGGGACCAGUAAGAAAAGCGGCAGGAGUUCGAAAUUUGCCCAAAAUUAACGACAAGCAGAAGUCGAUAAUCACAACACCUCGCGGCAAAGUCGACAAACGAGCGCGACGCGUGAAAUCGGCCAACAAAGACAAGAGGAAAGAAGAAACCAAGUCGGCGAAGAACGAGACAGUUCCGAAUCCUGAAAAAGCUCAAUCAGCACAUCAAACGAAACGAGAAGAGCCGGCGAAAGCCAAAGAAGAAAAGGAAGGCGAGGAUGUAGACGAAAGUCUCGCGCUGCAGCUGGCCCAGAAGUUGGAAAUCGCGGACGAGAGCACAAAAGAUCAAAAUAGCAAUACGGUUGACAAAAAGCCGAGUAGUGCAGACGGAGCUAACACGGAAAAGCAGGUAGUUGAGGAAAAAGGCAUGGACGAAAUUACGUGCAAGUAAAUUAUUUAUUCAUGUUAGAGUUUCACCAAAUUGAAGCUGAAAGCUCACAACAAGCCCCCAAUGUGAUCAAACUGACGUACAUGAUGUAAAUACCUGCAAUGAGCUAAUCAACUUUACAGAGAAUUCAUAGAGAAAGAGAAAGAGUAUUGUGUAUAUUUUACUCAAGGUUAUUGUCUUAGAAAUCGGCUUCCUGUCGCAGGGCAUUGUGUAUAAAAAUAUGGAUAUGUAGAGAAAUAAAUUUUUACAAUGAAAACGCGGCCGAAAGUUUUUCCUAGAG